AUGCGACCCUUUACACCCAUUUCCAGACACCGGUCUGGUCCGCCACCGAGAACGGCGACGCCCAUCAAAAGCAUUCUGCGGCAAACGUCUACAGUCCUUGGCCGAAGGAAAGCCGACGAAAUCGACUUUGAUGCAGCCGACCCGCCUUCCAGCCCGACCAAAAGGCGGAAGGUCCUCAUAAACGAAAUGAACAACCGCGUCUUCGAAUUCGGCAACCGGUCGAUGGACGAAGUGAACUCGGAAGUCCGGAAAGCGCUGGAGGAGCAUCUGAUGGGGGAGGACGAGGAUUACGACAUGCUCAAGGAGAUUUUCGCUAAUGACAAGCAGCGGUACCUGCCGCCCGUCGCCGGGGAGGACGAAGACACCCUCAAACCCCAGGAGCUCAAGGGCUACGUGCUGGCGCUGACCAGCUGCGUCCCGCUGCUGAAGAACAAGGCCUGCAAUGGUCUUGUGAGGACGGUGCUGCAGGUCUCAUGGCUGGGUCGAGACGAGGACUUCUUCAAAGUGUACAUCCAGUUCCUGGCCGCCCUGGUCAGCGCCCAGGGCUCCUACCUGACGCACGUGCUGUCCAUGAUCGUCGAGAAGUUCUCCCAGUCCAGACUUUCGGAAUGGACCGUUGCCGACUUUCCUUCCGUCAGUCGUGCGACGAUGCGUGAGCGGCUACACACCGGCCUGCAGUACAUCCUUCAAAUGUUCCCCGCCGCGACGCCCGUUCUCCGCAACCUGAUCGACACCAAGUUCCCGUUCGACGACGACCCUAAGAGGAUGUUUGUCGCUUACGUUAACAACCUCCUGAGGCUCAAGGAAUACGCCGGGGAGUUGGAUCUCGAGAUCGUCGACGUGCUGCUGUCGCGGCUGGUCAAGAUCGACGUGCAGAUGCAGACGGACCUCGACGACCUCGACGAUGACCUCACGGCGUCAGUUGCGUACGCGCUUGGACAGUCGCUAGGCAACGACUCUUGGGAAGGCGACGAAGACGCUUCGGACGAGGACAGCGAUGACGAGUCGGUCGACAGCGACGAUUCAGAUUUCGACGACAAGGAGGAGAAGAUCCGGGUUGUCAAGGGCAACGUUGAGAAGCUGGACGCCAUCCUCGACACCCUGUUCGAACACUAUACUCCUCUAUUCGAGAACCCCGACUCGGACCAGGCGUGGGAACGGUACGCGUUGCUCGUGCAGUCUUUUGGAAAGAUUGUGCUGCCGACAUACAAGUCCCGCCAUACCCAAUUCCUACUCUUUCACUUUGGCCAGAUGUCGGCGCGGCUCCGAGACACCUUUGUCGGCAGCCUGAUGCACAUAUUCGGCUCGCAGAACCGACCAAGCUUUGUCCGGCAGGCGGCGGCGACGUACCUGGCCGGGUUCAUGGCGAGAGGCGCCCACGUGCCGUCCGAUCUGGUGCGCACAGUUUUCGCCCUUUUGCUCAAGCAGAUGCAGAUCUACCGCCUCAAGCACGACCCGGACGCCCGUGGACCGGAUCUGAGACGGCACCAGAUUUACUACGCGCAAGUGCAGGCUGCCCUUUACAUGUUUUGCUUCCGGUGGCGCGACCUGAUUGUAUCCACGCCCGAGUUUGUCGACCGAGAUGACCCCGCGUCCUACCUGGGCCACGAGCUGGAGUGGAUGCAAGGGAUGAGAGAAGAGCUCUCGGCGAGCGUCUACUGCAAGAUGAACCCUCUCAAGAUCUGCGCACCGGCAAUUGUCGAAGAGUUUGCGACACUGGCGCACAAGCUCGGCCUAAUGUAUAUCUUCCCGCGUGUGGAGGAGAAUAAGCGGAUCAGACUGUCGCAGUUCGUGUCGGACACAUACGGCAUGGGCGGCGCACUCAGAGAUACGGGCUCCGGAGCACAGGACGAGGAGGCGUACCAGCUCGACCCCUACUUUCCCUUUGACCCCUAUCAGCUGCCCGUCAGCAAGCGGUGGGUGCAAGACGACUACGUGCACUACCAGGCUGUUCCGGGUCUCAACAUGACGGCCGACGACGACAGCGACGAGGACGAGGAGGAACACAUCCCUGAGACGGAUGUCGAGGAAGAUACGGCCACCGCCAGCGAGGACGAGGAUGACGACUGA